AUGAUCAACCUGCAAGUACACCAACUGCGAAGGCCCAGCGAAACGGACCACUGCGAGUGCGGCAACCUGCUGCGAGAAAAAAGCCUAGAAUUUGUUCUAGUGAAAAAUAAAAAUCUGAGCAUAUAUAGCUACCAAAGAAAGAGAAAAAAAAAUCAUCUUAUAUACGAGACAAAGCUGAACGCACCAGUUGUGAAGGUCGUAAUUUUGAAGGAUGUCUUUCUCCGCAAAAAUAAAGAAAGGAUUAGUGGUGUUCUGCUAGUAUAUAAGGGAAUGCAUUUCGUCCUUUACAGAUUCAACCGUCAUUUGAAUACCCUCGUGGUUGUGUUAAAACACAGCUUUGUAAAGAAAGCAAAAUUUCAGCCAAUUUUUUAUUCCUUGCCGAUUGCUGUUAACUACGUGCACAGGUAUGACAAAGGAGGAGGCAGUGCCUCGGGGAGGACAAUCCGAAUCGGCGGAAGGAAACCUAUCACAGGCAUCACCAGGAGAAGGAGAUUCAGAUUAGCCACCAAAAGACUGAAAGGUUAUAUGCCUGGACUGCACCCAGGACUACUCCAAGGAGAGGGACUCCCCGAGCAAGAAUUGUCCAUGAAGACGCGAAAGGGAAAGGGUCGAAGGAGGAAGGCAACUCCGGUUGGAGAACCCAGUGAGCUCACAAAAUCGGAACUGAACUCACAAAACGGUGUUAACGACGAGAUUUAUGUGAACAUUUACGGGGAGAGGGGGAGAGGUGCCAACUUGGAAGAGCCCUUUUGGAUGGAUCAGCCCGUUACAGAGGACUUCAACAUUGGGAGUGCCGAGCAGCCCCCCGGAAUUCUCCAAAACGGACAGACCAAAAUGAAGAAGCGAACUUCGAAUUUCUGCGAAUUUGUUGUUUCCUUCUCGUAUGACUUCAAAACGAUUUACGUCCUUUUUUACUCGUCGAGGAGGAAACGAAAAAAUGGUCUAGACCCGACUUAUGCUGGAGAGAUGAGGACGACCUACUUUGGGAAGGACCUCUAUUUGUUUAACAUCGUCAAAGUUAGCCUGCAGGACCUCUAUCGGCACUUCAUUUUUAUUAAAAAGAUUUUUUUCCAUGGCGGGAACAUCCACGUGUUGCUGCAGAACGAGCCGAUAAACGUGGGACACGCCACGCUGGAAGAACUGAGCCUGAAGCUCCUAAUUCUACGGCAGGAGGAUCACAAGUUUGACGCGAACAAGCUCAUGAAGGGAUUCCCAAACGAUACGAUAGACGUCCUGCGAGUGAAGGACCUGUUCAUAUGUCUCUGUCAGGACUAUCUAUACAUACUGAAUGUGAAGAAAAACCAAAAGGUUAUUUAUAUGUUUAAAAAAAGUUGUUAUACCAACAGGGUUCUUCAUCUCCAAAAAAAAGAAGCUCUUUUUUGUGAUUGUACAGGUUUUAGUGUGCACUUUAAAGAGAGUAGCAGCAACAUGUGCUACAGGAAAGGGAAGCUUUUUAUACUCACGAGGAGGUACAUCCUUGAAGGGACUCUAUCGAGGGAUCACAAUAACCUGGUGAAGCUCAUCAAAUGGAGGAAGGCUUACACGUUCAAAUAUGACUUAGCCAAAUCUUCUGUUUAUUUCUUUGGAGGGAGGUUUUACUUUGUGUGCUGCUACAAUGGGCUCUGCGGGAGAGCAGACGUGGAUUUGCUCGUGAGGAGAAGGGAGGAGAGAAGUCGGGGAAGGUGCAGCAUAGGUGGGGGCAGAGGAGAGGCCUCGCGGAAGAGAAAGGCAGCGCUUCCAGCUCACCCAGCGAAGAGGGAGAAGUUGCAGAAAGGGGAGAAAGGGGAGAGGCGUGAUGGGGGAACCCCCCCCAGCGGGGAAGUGCCUCUCCAUAUCGACUCCCUGGCUGCAAAUGGGGAUCCCCAAAUUGCGCCUCUCCCUCGUAUAACCACGUGUGGAGACUCACCCCGAGCGACCAGGAAGGUGCGAACGAACAAUAAUUUCCUAAUGGACCUCCUGAUCUACCUGAACAAAAAUCCAACGGUGAACGAACACACCAAGGGACUCAACCACAGCAAGUACCAUUUCCUAUUUCAAAAAUACAAAAAAAAAAUAAAAAUUCUGGAGGGCAAUUUUUCCUUGAUAAAUGCCCAAGGGGGAGUCGAGUACGUGCCUCCCCUUUUCAUACUCAGGAGAAGGAAGGGGGGGAAGCGGAAGGCAGAGAAGCGGGAGAAUCGGGAGAAGCGGGAUAAGCAGAAGGCAGAGAAGCAGAAGGCAGAGAAGCGGGAGAAGCAGAAGGGGGGAGAAGAAAUAGGAACCCCCCUCCCCCUAGGAAAUAUGACCCGCAAAAAAGAAGUAACCCUAGUGGACAAAAUACCAGCCAAGGGAAUGCUAACAGAUUUGAUUAAAUCAAGUGAGGAACCCAGCUUAGUCAACAACAGCAGCUACUUCGCUCUAAUAGGGAAUAAAAAACAUAGCAGUGUAGUGAAAAUUUUCUUCAAAGUUCCGUUUAGCACUCUGCUAAAUGUGUCGUUUGCAGGAGCAUGCACAAGGAGUGUAUGUGCCAAUGAGGGAGGAAGAAGGAAUGGACUAUGUCAGUAUGUUAUGAUUAACUUGGAAGGAGGGAAACACGAGCAAGGUGGUGAAGACGGAGCUCAAGCUCAGAAUGAACGGAAAGAUGAGAGAAGCUACGGUGAUGAGCAGAGUAACAGUGAGGGAGGAGGCAAUGGAUUCAUAAGGAGAAGCAUCCUCCUAUGCGUUGACAACCUUAACACAUGGAGACAAAAAAAAGAGAUCAUCAAAAAAAUGACCUUUUUGAAUGAGAAGAAGGAAGGAGUAGUGGAUGAACCUACAAAGAGUAGGUUGCCCUUUUCCGAUGUGGGGGAUCAACCAAGGGGAACUCUACUCAACAACCAUCGCGCUAAGGUUAUUUACACGCUAAGGGGAGACGGAGUGCAAGGGGAACCAUCUCAUGAGGUGGAGUUCCCACCAACGGGCACCGCCAAGGUGGAGACCCUUCGUGCCUUUUUCAGAUUCUACCCUUUUGUUCAUUACAGCAAUAGGGAUGUGAAAAGGUACGUGGAGAGGGUGCCCUACUGUGGAGAGGAGCCUUCUCUUCACGGGGGAAACCAAUCGGAGGCGUUGCCUAAGGAGGGGGAGAGCGAACGUGAGAGCAUACCGCAGAUCGAACGGGAGAACCAAUCGAGUCGAAGGAGUACCCCCCCCCAAAGGAGCAAACGUGACAUCGAAAUUGAAUUAAAACAAAAAUACGCACAGUUUUUCCACAUGGAGAGAAAAAAAAAUACAAGCCUAAGUAUGGAAGGCAAUUGCAUAGCUCUGUUAAGGUUUAAGUGUCUACUAGUGCAGGUCUGCCAGAAGGAGAUCAACGUGUCGCUAUACGCCAACACGUGCAUGGUGCUAAGGACCAUAUCUGUGAAGGACUCAGUGGUAGAGUGCAAGCUGGCGAGGAGGUUCCUAAUUCUUCGACACGAAAGUGGCAGCUGCUCUGUGUACACCUUCCAUAUCGACGAAGUCACAGACCUGUUGCUGCGGGUGGAAGAACUGACAUCCCUCCUUAACAUGUGCGUUUUACGCUGUCUAGAUGUGGAAAAUAGAGACCAAGAAAUUAACCUCCUCCAGUUUGCCACUUUUCUGAGGGACAGAGCAGUCAAGGGAGGAGAACCUCCUUCCCCUUGGAAUAGUAGCGAUAUAAGGGAGGAGGACCUACUCUCCCUCUUUCGAACAAAAACGUCACAUACGUUUUUCCAAGUUGUGAACAGGAUGAUGGGUGGCUCAGACGUAGGGGAAAUUCUCUCCUUGUACACCCAAUUGGAUAACGUCCGCUGUAUCUCCACGGUUAAGAGAGGAAAACAGAGCCUUCUCGCCUUCCUGGAUGACUCAAACUGCACCCUGCGCAUUUUCCACCUCGAGAAGAGACGCACCCUUUUUGUUAGCAACGCUUUGUUAGCGGUGCCCAAGUAUGUCUACAAUGAGAAGUUGGCGAACCGCACAAAAUGGGCGAACCGGGCGAACCGCGCAAAAAUCACAGCAGAGGGGGGAGAGGCGCCCCGCGGGGAACUCCUCCUCGACACGUACAAACUCGAAGAAGUAAUAAACGUUCUCCUUUUCCCAUUGGGCCCCAACUACGUCUUAAUCCUUUUCCUAACGGGGAGACCCAUACUGAUCUACAAAAGCGUUCGCGAAGUGAGGAGAAUCAGCAGAUUGAAGUUCCAAAUAGUCACUCACAGGUACACACAGCCGUUACUUAGUAACGUUCAUUUGGUGAAGGACCCCAGUGGUGAAAAAAUGCAAGUCGUCACCGUUUCGCGCGACAAGGCAGAGAUGAACAACGGUUUCGUCCUCCACGUCGAUGGGAGGAAAAGGGGGAAGGGGACAAAAGCGGACAAAGUGAGACUUCAAAUAAUGGGUUAUCCCCAUGUGGAUAUCUCCAAGGUGGACCUAAGUCACGUGAGUGGUAGUCAGAAAGAGCAGCUUUACCAGAAGGUCGGGGCCUACGACGCGGCCUUCCCCCCCCUACUGCUGUCCAAUUGUAGGGGAAAGCUCUUUGUUCACCGCUGCGGUGGGGAGGAGGGCGAACCAAAGCAGGGACAACCCAAGGGCAUCGUAAAAAUCGACCGUAAUGCGUUCCUCAGGAUUGACGCAACGGGUCUUCGCAUCGUUAGCAUUGAGGAAGAAGAAAAAGUGUGUGCAGCAGGCCCCGACCGAGCUGGCCUCCAUGACCGAGCUGGCCGCCAUGACCGCGGUCAGCGUGAAUCCCAGUUAAACCGUGACGUCGCGCGAACGCUAAGUGAAGCUUCUCCCCCCCUGGAGGUGACCUGCCACCACAGCAACGUCGACAUGGUGGAAGCACACAACGAAGUGUUCCUGGUAAGGAGCCCCCCUCCUAACAUACUCUCCUUCAACGAUGACUUUGUAUCGAAGCUGUUUUUGUCCUACCCGUACAUGUACAAAAUUGCCGUUUCGAAGUUUGAGUACGUGUUGAAGAGGGGGAAAGGGCGCCAAAAAGAGGCUCAAAGAAGGGGCGAAAAGGAGGGCGAGCAUGGGGGCGAAAAAGUGGGCGAACGUGAGGGCGAAAAAGUGGGCGAACGUGGGGGCGAACAUGGGGCGAACAAACCAACCGCAGACCCGGAGGAAAAAGCGAAUCAGCCAGCUCCAGCUAAGCAACAGGGUGAACCCCCCGAAAGGGAUGAUCCCCCCCCCGUACACACAGCCACCCGGGGAAAGGUCAUCUGCGCCAUCGUUCGAAUCAAGUAUGACGAAUACCAUUGCCUGAAAAAGCUACAGAAAAGGAGACUAAACUUGCAAAAGGAAGAACUCCAAACUAACGGGUUCCCAAAUGGAGGGUUGGAUAGUGCCCUGCAAAGCAUCAUCCUCAGUCGUGGCGGAGACAUCAAGCAUAGUGGUAAGUACAGCGGGAGAAGCCAACACGGCGAAUUACUCUCAGGAGAGGACGAAGUCGUCCCCUAUUCCCACGAUAGGAGUAUCACAUCAAGGAGAGCAAACCAGAAAAGUACAAAUAUAGACCCAAAUGUACACUGCAACAUACUCCAUUGCAUUAAUUCAAAGCUUUUUAUUCACGAAGUGAGUGAACGCGACUUUACCAAAGGUGCCUUUCUGGACAACAAUUUUUUCAUCACAGACAUCAAGAUAGUAAAUAAUUUUUUCAUCGUAGCAGAUCUACAUAGAGGGAUAUAUAUCAACAUGUACAAUUAUGAACAACAACACGAUAGUAGAAGCAUCAUUCCCAUAGCGAAGUCUUUUUUUAGUUCCAAUUUGAACAUACUUUGUUGUCACUACCUCGUUAUGGAUUGCUUCAUGUGUAUCCUUGCUAUGGAUAUUUACAAUAACUUUUUUAUUUUCUCAUUCCGGAGUUAUCAGUCUGUUGAUAUUUUGUAUGUUUUUGAUUUUUUCAACUUUAGUAGAAGAGUAAUUAAAUAUGUGAAUUCUGUGCAUCCAGAUCGGAGAUCGAAUUCUGCUUUGUCCAUUUCGAACGAUGGGUCUGUUCACUUGUUCCACCCGAUUAGAAGCAAAUCGUUUGCAUUCUUUAGGGAGACUUACAACGUCGUCAGGACGUCUCUCUUUCCACACUUGGCCCUCAAUGCGCAUGCAGAUUUGAGCCCCGAUGUUUUCACCCAGUCUGCCAGACUUAACUUGCACAAGAAAACGGACUCCUUCUCGAUCAAGAAUGUGCUCUUUGACGACAUGCUACGAGUACCCAUAACCAUUAACGUGGCGACUUCCAUUUCGACAACAGCGACAUUAGCCUUUGAGUAA